GCCCGCCCCCGCGCUGGGCGGGUCGAAACGGCGCUCUCCUGACGUGACAUUGUUGUUGUUAGGCGAUCCAUUUUUUAAUACGCCGUUAAUUUCUAUACUUAUUCAAUAACGACUGGAGAGACACCGGGUUAUUAAAACUGCCGUUACAGUCAUUAUUAACCGGGGACGACGCGCUGAGAAUGAGAGAGCUGCGGGCGGGGGCGGCGACGGUUCGAGUGUGAGCAAGCUGGCCUGUCUUUGCAGGAGGCUGCGGUUUUGUGUUGUUUUUUUUUCUCGUUUUUGUCGGUGGCGGCCGUGCAGUGUGAAUUCAUGAUCACAUGACCUUGGAUAUGGACGCGGUCCUGUCCGACUUCGUUCGAUCCACGGGAGCUGAUCCGGGCCUCGCCAGGGACCUGCUGGAAGGGAAGAACUGGGACCUCUGUGCCGCUCUGAAUGACUUUGAGCAGCUCCGCCAGGUGCAUGCUGGGACGCUGCAGUCUUCCUUCGGGGAGGAGAGGGGCUUCCGCCCCCCCGAAAAGGAGAUGCCCAGAGUGGGGCGCCCCCUGCUGAACAGGCAGGAUGACGCAGUGCAAGCAGAGAAGCGUCUGUCUCGCGGUAUCUCCCACGCCAGCUCCUCCAUCGUGUCCCUGGCUCGCUCUCACGUCUCCAGCUGCAGCGAGCCUCUCCUGGACACCCCGCUGUGCACCUUCCAGCUGCCCGACCUCACUGUGUACAGAGAUGACUUCCGCAGCUACAUCGAGAGAGACCUCAUCGAGCAGGCCAUGCUGCUGGCUCUGGAGCACGCAGGUCGAUUGAACUGGUGGACCAGCGUCGGUGCAAGCUGUCAGACCCUGCUUCCUCUAGCCACCACUGGAGAUGGGAACUGCCUCCUGCAUGCGGCUUCACUGGGGAUGUGGGGGUUCCAUGACCGGGAUCUGAUGCUGCGGAAGUCCCUUCACAGCUUGAUGGACAAGGGGAUGGAGAAGGAGGGUCUUCUGAGGAGGUGGCGCUGGCAACAGACCCUCCAGAACAAAGAGUCAGGACUGGUGUACACCGAGGAGGAGUGGCAGAAGGAGUGGAACGAGCUGAUCAAACUGGCGUCCAGCGAGCCCAGGAUACACUACAGCACCAACGCAAACAACUGUGCAGGAGCGGAGCAGGCGGAGGAGCCUGUCUAUGAGAGUCUGGAGGAGUUCCACGUCUUCGUUCUGGCUCACGUGCUGAGGAGACCCAUCGUGGUGGUGGCUGACACCAUGCUGAGGGACUCCGGUGGGGAAGCCUUCGCUCCCAUCCCGUUCGGAGGAAUCUACCUGCCCCUGGAGGUGCCCUCCGCCAAGUGCCACCGCUCUCCCCUGGUCCUGGCGUACGACCAAGCCCACUUCUCUGCCCUCGUCUCCAUGGAGCAGAGAGACAACUGCAGAGAGCAAGCCGUGAUCCCGCUGACUGACUCCGAACACAAGCUGCUUCCCGUUCACUUCGCCGUGGAUCCGGGUCGGGAUUGGGACUGGGGCAAAGACGAAAACGACAACGCCCGACUGGCCAAUGUGACGUUAUCCUUGGAGGCUAAACUGAGCUUGCUGCAUACCUACAUGACUGUGACGUGGCUGCAACUCCCAUGCGAAGCCCAGCAGGCCCCGCUGGCUCAGCCCGAGUCCCCUACUGCCUCUGCUGGAGACGAAACUCGCACCCCUCCCGAUUCGGGGGAGUCCGACAAGGAAUCUGUCUGCAGCAGCUCCAACGGGACAGGGGGCGAAGGAGGAGCGGGAGGGGGCAAGACCGCCUCUGGGGGCAGCAGCUCCAGCAGCAGCAGCAGCAGCACCAGCAGCAGCAAGGAGGGGAAGGACAAGGCAGCCAAGAAGGACAAGAAACGGGCCGACUCGGUGGGCAGCAAGCUGGGCAGCUUCGGCAAGACCCUGGGCAGCAGGCUGAAGAAAAACAUGGGCGGGCUGAUGACCGGCAAAGCUGGCGGAGGCAAGCAGGGGGAGGAGAGCCUGGAGGAGGAGGAGAAAGAGAAGAAGAAGAAGAAAAAGAUGAUGAUGAAAGGCUCGAGGAAGGGGAGCCAGGAAGGGUCUCCGAGCAGCGGGGGCGAGGGAAGAGGGGCUGGGGCUGGGGCUGGGGCUGGGGCUGGGGGUGGGGACGAGAGUCAGACCUCUUCCCCCCAGCAGCAGCAGCAGCAGCAGCAGCAAGAGCCAUGCAAGUAUGGCAGCGACGUCAAGGUGAGUCUGGGAAUCCUGCGGGCCGCCAUGCAAGGGGAACGCAAGUUCAUUUUUGCCGGCCUGCUGACCACCAGCAGCCGGCAGCCCUUCCAGGAGGAGAUGAUCCAACGCUAUCUCGCGGACGCCGAGGAGCGCUUCCUAGCCGAGCAAGAGCAGCACAGGGAGGCGGAGAGGAAAGGAGCGCUGCCCCCCGCCUCCGCCCCAGCCGCGGCAAUCUCCAACGGGACCCUGGGAAGGAAAGACCCGACUGACUGCUACCGCCAGCCCUUCGACCCCAAAGAGGAGCCGGAGGGCCCCCAUUUCAACCACAGCGGCCUCAAACCGUCCCCCUUCCCUGCCAACAGCUACUCGGGGACUCUGACCAUCCCGCGACCCAGCCUGCGCCCCGGCCUGCUCGGCCACUCCAGCCUGCCCGCGGCCCACCCUGCCUGCAGCCAGGAGACCAGGCGGCAGCUGGCUGGGGGCUCCUCCUCUUACAGCUGCCUCCCGUCGUACGCCACCCUGCCCAGACGCUGCCCCCUCGGACCCCCUCAUUCCCAGUACCGCCCCCCUCCCGCCGCGGAGGGCAGCCCCGCUCGGCCGUCACGCUGCCCGCCGAUAGAGACGGAGGAGGAGGAUCAGCCUCCAGAUUACAGGCAGGAGGAGAGAGUGCCGGGGGGGGGAGGAGGAGGCGGGUACAGCAACGGGUACCGGGAUGUGCGAGGUGGGGUCCUCGCCCCUUCCUCCUCCUCCUCUCCUCCUCCUCCUCCUCCUCCUGCUUCUUAUUCUUCUUCUUCGGACAGAAACGCGACCCCGCCCGGCAGGAAUUUUUACGCUGCUCAGCAGACGAAAUGCAAAAUGCCGGCUUGCAACUACUAUGGGCACCCGGAGACGGGCCACUACUGCUCGUACUGUUACAGAGAGGAGAUGAACCGCAGGGAAAGAGAGUCUCUGGAGCACAGGUUCUGAAAUUCCCUCCUUCUGUCUCUCUCUCUCUCUGUCGGAGGAGGAGAGAGAGAGAGAGGGGGGGGGCGGGGAGGGUUUAGUUAGGCUUGAACGGUUUUGUCGUUCUGAAUUCCUCUCCGCUUCCUUCCAUACAGGACGCCCACCCUUCUACGGAUGAAGGGAAAUGCAAUAAUGAAGUCUAAUGAUGGGGGAGUGGGGGGGGGGAGAGACACACGUCUGCAGCCUGACUUGCGCUGUGUGAAUCACUACACCAGGACGCGACAGGGUCCCUUUUGAGUUUUGUUGCAGUUUUUACCUUCUGAUUUUGAGAGUUUUUGAAGUUUGGGAUGACAGAAAGGGACUUGGGAGUGGGGUUAGUAACGCGCACUCAAGGACUAUCUUCGUUUUUUUUUUUGUUUUUUUUUUUGUUUUUUUUAAAAUGUCCCCCCACCCCCACCCCCCCUCCCCCCCUCCCCUUACACCCAUUAGUAAUCGGUGAUUUGUUUUACUAUUGCUGUUUUUAAAUCUCUAGGGAUUUGAAAGUUAAAUUCUUCAACGGUAUCUUGAUCUGUCUGUCCCGUCCCCCCCAAAACAAACAAACAAAAAAAUAUUUUUCCAGGGAUCGUGUACAAAUUGCAACAUUUUCACAGAGACGAACAACAACAAAAAAUUAAGUUUUUUUUAUUUUUUAUUAUUAUUUAUUAUAUAUAUAUUUAAAUUAAAUUCAUUUAUUUAAGGGACUUUUUUAAGCAUUUCAUAUUUAACAUUUUAUAUGUGUAGUAUUACAUUCAAAAGGCAGUAUUUCGUGUGCGAUUCCUGAUUUAAAUUUGCCAUUUGAUAUUACUGAAUUUAACAUGGGGGUUUCCAGACAUAACAUACUGUGUGUUAUGGCUGCUGUACUUGGUACAAAUCAAACACUAGCCCGUAUGUAUUCAAAACCUGACUGUAUUUUUUAGUGGCGCUAUGAAUCUCUACCUGCAGUUUAGCACCAUCUAAUGGGGCUAAAGUGAAGUGCACGAGAGAGUGGAUAGGUGAGGCUGAUUUUUCAGAUUACAUUUCAGUAGGUAAAAUAACUUUUCAAGUUGAUAAAAUGAGAGGGUGGGGUUAAAAAGACGACUUACCCAUGUGAUUAAAAAUGUAAUUGAAUUAUUAAUUGAAAAAAAUCUAAGUAUUUAUUGACGUCAUUUGAUACGUUGCAUAUAGAUGCUAGCUUCUGCGGUUAUCAGAAAUGAGCAAGUAGGUUAUCAGAGCAAUAUAGCUGACGAGUAGUUAAAGUAACAGGUGAUAAAAGAUUCACUUGUAAAGGUUUAGACUAUUAGCCCUGAUUGUUUCAUCUUUUUAAUGGGGGGGGGGGGUUCAAAUAGACAAUUUCAGGUGCAGUAAAUAUUAAUGACGUUACUUCUCAAUUCUGGUGGGUGAUAAAUGAUAGAAGACCCCAAUAUGCUUUAAAACAAUCGCAAAACCUUCCAUAUUAUCUUUUUAUACAAAGACUAUAUAUAUAUAAUUUGAUUUCACACGUUACUUGAAAGUGUUGGAGUUUGUACACGAUCCCUUACAUUCAUUUUAAAAGUCGACCUGCUGUUGCAAAACACGAGCCCAGACAAGCAAAGCAGUCUGUCUGAAUUCCAUUCAAUCCAACUCCGAAAACUAUCCAUCUGAUUCAAUUCCCUGAUUCAAAACACACCUGAGCUUCUCCUCGCCUGGCUGCUUUCAUUUUACUGUGUUCAAUUUUUUUUUUUUAAAAGCAAUAAUUCUUAAGCUCUUUUUGAGGGUGAGGGUGAGGGUGGGGUGCACAGUCUGUACUGGGUUUCUGUCGCGGGGUGUGUAGCCUCUAGUCCAAAGCUUCUGGUCAGACAGGGUAUUUAUUCUUUUAGUUUAUUUUUAUUCUUCCUUAAAAUCCAGGAAAGGGGAAAUUUGAAUCGAAUUUGGCAAGGAUUGUAAUUGGUUUCAAUAUAUAUAAUAUUAGUACUUCUAGCGAUGUGCAUUACAACCAUGUGUCCGGCAGAUGGCGAGCUUGUCACACAAAGAGGAUGAAUGUUUCACACACUCCCCCCCUGCUGGUGGAAUGCAGUAGUGCGCAUUGAAAAGAAAUGCUGUUUUUUGACACAGCAAGCAGGGAGAGACGAGGACUGGGGUGCAGAGUUUACUGAAAGCGUGUUUUUAAAAUAUAACUAAGUAAAGUGACAGUGUGAUGUUUAUGGUUGAUAUAAACAUGUAUUGUUUAUGAACAAAUGAAGAAAAAAAGUGACGAAUGUUUUAAAAAUAUAUAUUUAAGAUUGUAUCGUGUUGGACACUAAACUUGUGUGUGUGUGAGUCGAGCUAGUUAGCAAUGCAGAAUGCUAUUGACUCUCUGCUCAGUGUGAGAAUGGAGAGAGAUCGUGCUGUCUGAUUGUGUAUAUAUAUGGAGAAGAGAGAAAUCGUUUCACUCUGGAACACACGCAGUUCAUUUUUUGAGCUGUGUGACGUCAUCGCCUUUGGGGGGGGGGGGGGGGGGGUUUUAACCCAUGACGUGCCGUCGUCCUUAUUUGAGGACUGGCUACCUUUUGUAAUUUUUAAAACUGGCAUCUACCUGUUUAUUUUAAUUCUCUUUAAUGGAAAUCAGACUCCCGUUGCAUAGCAGUGUGAUCCAUUCCUGGUUUUACUGUGAGCUCCAGCGAGACACACCUGAGCUUGUUGCCCUAGACGCACUGUGGCUGAUCAAGCACGUCGUACAAUAGGAGCCUAAUUUCCAUCCCUGGUUCAAGGGAAGGAUGUCUGUUUCAGUGUUUUCUCUCCAAAGUUUUGCACAGUUUAAAUCAAGUCUCGCUUCAAGACUGGAAUCCAGUACCUCGGGAUAUGUAAAUAAAUACAUACAAGUGCUGAAUGAAUGGAAAGACGAGCGUUUGAACGGUGCGUGCGUGCGUAAUCUACACAACCAUAAACAGACACGUCCUAGUGAAGAUAGCGAUGCUCUGAACACAAGAUACCUGCUUAAACAAAAGAAAGUGACUUUCUCUUUGAAGCCAAAUGUUCACCACUCCAUCCCACGCUUUAUAACAGCGUGUUGUAUGAAAAAUGUAUAUGCAACCGGAGAUGAACGCCCCAGGCUCUCGUGAAAGCUGAGGGUGCCGCCGUACCGUCGACCCAGGCAGAGGGGCUUCUAGCGCCUUGGGGGGGUCUGUGCGCUUAGAAAAUGGGGAACUUACAGGGCGAAAAAAGACCAGUUUUGUGGUUUUAAUGAGGUGGCUCAAGGAUUGUCCAGGUGAAAAGACACGUGUGCUGGAACUUUAUUUCCCGGGCAUCUAUUGAAAGUUAAGUUGCCAAGGGUACUAACCAAUGAGAUGCCAGGGAAUUAUAUAUAUAUAUAUAUAUAUAUAUAUAUAUAUAUAACAUAUAUAAACAUAUAUAUAUAUAAACAGAAGAGUGUUUGAAAAUAAUGUAAUAUCGUGUGUUUGGCUCCAAGUUGAAAAGUUUGAACAAAUACUAUUUUUUAUUAUUAUCAUUAUUAUUUUUAAGAAAGAAAAAAGAGAGUGCGUGUGUGUGUUACUGGGCAUGUUUUAUUUUAUAGAGACGAGGAGAAAGUUUUUGAAAGGAUUGAAAAAAAAAAAAAACC